UAAUAUUAUGAAAAGACGUUGUUCUUUAUGGGGAGGUGACAUAAUAGUAAUGAAUGAACACGUAUUGUCACUAUGACGCAAUGUUGCGCAAUCAGCGCUGCAUAUGCCACGGGGCCGUUGCUGCUUGCGUUAUAUAUUCCUUUAUUCCAGACUCGUGGGUCCAUAAAACAAUAAACACAAAUACAACAACAAUAUAUACAAUUCAAGACACAAAUGUGUGCAAGCUGUCGCAGGAUUCACGUCUAUAAACGUGCCUGUAAUGGUCCAUAGACCUUUGUGCCGACAUUAUUUUUCAUGCACGCCUCCUGGCCCCUCCCCUCCCUCCCCUGUCCACGUGUUGGGGGCAUCCUAAUGGGCAGUUUUCCACCUACAAUCUCCUCCAUGCGUCCUGAUAUUUAAGUAGCACCCACACUUUGAAACCUACAGUCUGCCAUCGAGGACUUUUAACAGUGACCCUCUUUGAUAGUCAUAUAAUCAACCUUUAUUUUGACAGACCACACUGGAAGUGUAGAAUACAUUUACAAAAAGUAAAAAAAACAAAAAGUGUAAGACCAUCAUGGAAAAAGCUCGUAGCAACAUGAUAGAGUUUUGGAAAGAGCACUCCAAAACUGCCACAGUGGAGGAGAUGAUGCUGGACACUCGUGCCAAGGAGCUGAAUCAGCAGGAGAUGCCUGAGAUCCUGUCCAUGCUGCCCUGCCUUGAUGGAUUAAGAAUACUGGAGCUUGGAGCCGGCAUCGGCCGUUACACCAGCCACCUGCUGACCAAGGCCUCCCAUGUGACGGCUGUGGAUUUCAUGGAGAGCUUUGUGGAGAGGAACAGGGAAAACAAUGGUCACCAUAGCAACGCUACCUUCAUCCAGGCUGACGUCACAAAGCUGGAUUUACCCCAAAACAGCAUUGACUUCAUCUUCUCUAACUGGCUGCUGAUGUACCUGAGCGACGAGGAGCUGAAGUCCAUCAUGAAGAGCAUGUUGGGCUGGCUGCGGCCCGGUGGCUUUCUUUUCUUCAGAGAGUCCUGCAACUACUGCUCAGGUGACUCCAAGAGGGACUUCAACCCCACCAACUACCGCACUGAGGCCCACUACAGCCACAUUGUCUCAUCAAUGCAAAUGGAGGAGCCAGAGGGGGGACAAAUGUUUGGUUUCAACAUCGUGUUGAAGAAGAAAGUUCAUGCCUAUGUCGAGAUGAAAAACAAUGCGAAUCAGAUCUGUUGGCUUCUAGAGAAGUCUCCCCGCUCCUCGAGCACCGAGAGCGGAUUCAGCAACUUCCAGCAGUUCCUGGACAACCACCUGUACACUAACCGCUGCAUCUUGCGCUAUGAGAAGAUGUUUGGGACCGGUUACAUCAGCACAGGCGGGCCGAGCACCACCAAGGAGUUUGUGGACCUGCUGAACCUGAAGCCCGGACAGAAUGUUCUGGAUGUUGGCUGUGGCAUCGGCGGAGGAGACUUUUACAUGGCAAAGACGUUUGGAGUGGAGGUGCUUGGGCUGGACCUGUCAGACAACGUGGUGGAGAUUGCCAUGGAGAGGGCGAUCACUGAGAAGUUGCCAUCAGUCCAGUUUGAGGUGGCUGAUGCCACCCGGAGGUCGUUCCCUGAAGGUUCCUUUGAUGUGAUCUACAGCAGAGACACAAUCCUGCACAUAGAAGACAAACUCGCCCUCUUCAAACGCUUCCACUCAUGGUUAAAGCCGGGUGGCAAGUUGCUUAUCAGUGAUUACUGCAGCGGGGAGAAGCCGUGGACAACGGCGUUGGAGGCCUACGUCCAACAGAGAGGAUAUGUCCUCUACACACUCGCACAGUAUGGCACGUUCCUGCAAGAAGCUGGUUUCUGCAACGUUCAGGUAGAAGACCGGACAGACCAGUUCAUCCAGGUUAUCAAGACCGAGCUGCAGAGAGCGGAGCUCAUCAAGGAAGAAUUCAUUGAGGAAUGCUCUGAAGAGGACUAUUUUACAAUAGUAAACGGAUGGAAGACCAAACUGGAACGUGCCAACAGCGGAGACCAACGAUGGGGACUCUUUUACGCAACAAGAGAUUGAGUGAUUGCGCUAAGAUUUGAGAGGAUAAUAAAAGAAAACAGGGAAUGUUCCUUUAUUAUC